UAAAUAACAUUUUUACAAUUGAUGGUACAUUCCGAGAGAGGCGAUGGUUGUGCGUACCCCCAGCGGCUCCACUCCGCUUGCUUCCCCCGCUUUAGCUGCUCGGCUAACGGCUACCACCAAUGGCGUCCACGGAGAUAGCAAGGCAAGCGGGAGAAGGUGCCCGGACCGUGCCUCUCGCCGGCCAUGUCGGCUUCGACAGCAUGCCUGACCAGCUGGUCAACAAAUCUGUCAAUCAUGGAUUUUGCUUCAACAUUCUCUGCGUCGGAGAGACGGGUCUGGGCAAGUCCACUCUGAUGGACACGUUGUUCAACACCAAGUUUGAGGGCGAUCCCACGCAGCACAGCCAGCCCGGAGUGACGCUCAAGUCCAACACCUACGAGCUCCAGGAGAGCAACGUGCGCCUCAAGCUCACCGUCGUCAACACCGUGGGCUUCGGGGACCAGAUUAAUAAGGAAGACAGCUACAAGUCUAUCGUGGAGUUCAUCGAUACCCAGUUUGAAGCGUAUCUCCAAGAGGAGCUGAAGAUCAAGCGCACGUUACACAGCUACCACGACACGCGCAUCCACGCAUGUCUCUACUUCAUCGCUCCCACGGGGCACUCGCUCAAAUCCCUCGACUUGGUGACCAUGAAGAAGCUCGACAGCAAGGUCAACAUUAUCCCAAUCGUGGCCAAGUCCGACGCCAUCUCCAAGAGUGAGCUGACCAAGUUCAAGAUCAAAAUCACCAGCGAGCUGGUCAGCAACGGCGUGCAGAUCUACCAGUUCCCCACCGACGACGAGUCCGUCGCCGAGAUCAACUCCACCAUGAACAGCCAUUUGCCGUUCGCAGUGGUGGGCAGCACGGAGGAGGUGAAGAUCGGGAACAAGAUGGUGAAGGCCCGCCAGUAUCCCUGGGGCACCGUGCAGGUGGAAAACGAGAAUCACUGUGACUUUGUCAAACUGCGGGAGAUGCUGAUCCGAGUGAACAUGGAGGACCUGCGCGAGCAGACGCACACGAGCCACUACGAGCUGUACCGCCGCUGCAAGCUGGAGGAGAUGGGCUUCAAGGACACGGACCCCGACAGCAAGCCCUUCAGUCUGCAGGAGACGUACGAGGCCAAGAGGAACGAGUUCAUGGGUGAGCUGCAGAAGAAGGAAGAAGAAAUGCGGCAAAUGUUCGUCCAAAGAGUCAAAGAGAAGGAGGGGGAGCUGAAAGAAGCCGAGAAAGAGCUGCACGAGAAGUUUGACCGCCUGAAGAAGCUCCACCAAGACGAAAAAAAGAAACUGGAGGACAAGAAGAAGUCCCUCGAUGAUGAGCUCAACACAUUCAAACAGAAAAAGACGGCGGCCGAGCUCUUGCUGAAUCAGGCCCUACAGGCGGGGGGCUCCACCACACUCAAGAGGGACAAAGAGAAAAAGAAUUCUCCCUGGUUCUGCACCGAGUAAGGGACCGUCCUCAAAUUCCAGCACUUUUAAAGGAAAACCCUUUUCCUGGGUCCUUUUAUUUUAAUCCCCACUUUUUGCUUCCUCUCCUGUUUCUGUGAUUAACACAUUUUCCACUUGGAUGACAAUGUUGGAGACAAUCACAUGCAUUCUAAUCAACACUUUUCUCCUCCUCACGCCAGAUUUGUGCUUCUCUAACGGCCACAUCUUUUUUUUGUCUCUCCUCUCUUUAGCUUCUUUUAAUGUCUUGACCAUCAGAAGAGGGGGGGAUGGCAGCUUCAGCAAACCACUAAGCACCCUUUACCUCUUCUUUCUGUUUUUUUCCCGCCCUCAGUUGUAUUUUCUCUUCUCCUUCUCUCCCAUCGCAUCAUCCCCUUUUGUCAAAUAUGAUCUUCAGUAUGGACCUCUCUUCACGAAGCUCUAAUUACAGUCUUAAUGUCAUGUAAGGGGGACCCUGCAAAUCACCUCCGGUUUGCACGCUAAAUUAAGAAUCAGGCUUCCCUAGGACAGGUGUACACUGUGUAAUAAUAAUCGCACAAUUGAAGCAGUCGUGACUAUGCCAAAGCAAUAUAACAAAUCCAUGUUUACACUACAUACAAUACCACGGAGGGGUCAUGUUUCCCGUAACACGUCGUGCUUUAAUAUUCCACCGGCCUAUUCUAUUUUCAGCAUGCUUUUUUUUAUUUCCAAAAUGCUUUGAUCCUGGCCUUUUGUUGCUCGUUUUCAACCCCAUCCCCCCUUAAAUAACGGGCCGUUUCUUGCUCCCAAUGGUGCAAAUUAUGAGUACCCUAUUUUGCCAAAUAUUAGUAUAAAGUGGAGUUGAGGUAAACUCCUGUAGGAGUAUUUGGAAAAAAAGAACAAAAAUAUACAAAAAAAAAGAAGAAGAAUACCCAUGCAUUUAUAUAAUUUAUAAGGAUAUAUUUUGUGUAUUGAAGUGCAUUGAAGACUUGUUGUUACCUAACAUUUUGUGUCCAGAAACAUUUUUCUAGCAUCCGUUAUUGUUGUCAGAAAACCCUCCCAUACAACAAAUGAUCAAUAUCUUGCUUAAGUUGACUCCCAUUCAUGUACAUUUUCAAUAAAAAAAAAACCUAUAUGAUCAAAUAUAUUUAUAUUGUGUCCUUUUAUUCACAGCAUGUGUGUUUUCUUAUUAACACCCUCAAGAAACUUUGGGGUACAAACGUGUACUUUCCACUUAUUGGCCAGAAUUUGUGUUUAAUCCUUUUCAAAAUGUCAUCAACACCCUCUGUGUACACUUUUUUACCAUUUACUCUUAAAAUGUGUAUUAUAAAUCACAAUGCUUAUCAUUAUUGACUCGACAAAAGAUGUGAUAAUCUGAAAGUAUUGCAUAUUUUAUGAGGUAUGGGUUUCUUUUGAUGUUGACUUAAAAAUAUUGUAAUAAAUUUGUGAAUUAUUAUACUUUUUUUUUUUUUUUUUAAUGUCAUGAUCCACUUUGUUCUUCCUUUACUCUCGGGACCAAUUUAGCCACAUUGACUUUAUAAUUACAUGUUCUUAAACAGUAUUUGGAACAUACUCUUCUAAAAGAUGAUGAAUCCAAAUCAAAAUUGAUAAAGUAUCAUUUAAAAUAUCAGCCCAAUGUUUAGUGUAACAAUUAAAAAUGUUUGCAUAUUUUUAGUUUUUCCGUAUAAUAAAAAACAAGGGUUCUUGUGACAUUAAAUGUAUAAAGAAAUAUUACAUAGCGCUUUGUAAAACUGCAUGCACUCUACAAAAAUUAAUCUUGACUUCCUCAUUUUGAAAAAAAUUGAAAUUGUUUACUUUUGUUUUGUAGGCUAAAUGUUUUAUAUAUUGUGCUCCUGAGUUAAUGUUGCAGAUCAAUGUGAAUAUAUUAAUAAUUAAAGAGUUUAUUACAUUACAUUUUUAUUAUCAAAUGGUUGAAGUUGUUCAAAAAUAGUUUUAUAUUUCAAAGCCUAUUAUUGACAAUCCUUACGGAACAGGAACACAGACGUUUUUCUUUUUUGUAACAUUCUAAGUCGUCAAAUAUGGCAAGUACGAGGUGGCCAACAAUUUUUUUUCAGGCAUAUUGAUUGCACUUUAAAUAUUUUCUGUUACAGACUAACAAACUAGUGGUUAUAUUGAAAUAUCGAUAUCGCCGAUAGCAGAUUGUUGUGCUGUAAUAUGGAAGAGUGUUAGAAUAGAAUAAGAAAUGUUAAUUAAUAUGAUUGUAAAUGCAUAACCCAGUGUGUCAAAAAUUCUACAUAUAUAAAAACAUUAUUUCUUUAUUAUUGUAAUUUUUCUAAUUCUAUCCAUCCAUCCAUUUUCUACCGCUUGUCCCUUCCGGGGUCGCUAGAGCCUAUCUCAGCUGCAUGGUAGGCAGAGUACACCCUGGACAAGUCGCCACCUCAUCGAAUUAAUUCAUAAAUUAGUAAAAAAAAAAAAAAAAGUAUUUCCACCAGGACUGCAUACUGAAAAGUCAAGUAUGGGGGAGGUCAUAUUAAUUUCCCUCAAAACUCACCAAAUUUGACACACACAUCAGAACUGGCGAAAAUUGCUAUCUA